GUCAACAUUUUACACCUUUUCAUCUUCAGCUGCUGAUGACGAACGGAGUCUGAUGUCAUCACGAGCUCCGCGCGCUGAUUGGUUGGCGCUGAUUGGUUGAAGCAGCAGACAUAAGACUGGAGCAUCAGCCAGGAACGCUCAGCUGCAGACAAGCAUUAGCUGCUGGCAGAACACAUUUCAACGUCCAAUUGCAACUGUGUGCUCGGUCAAUGAGUGAACCAAUUCUUCCGCUGAGCCAAAGAAAACUUCCCCCACUUUUGCAGGCAAAUGGUUUACAGGAUGAACCUUUCCACGGCAUCGCCUGCGUCUGUGAAGUCCAACUCGUCGGAGGAAGACUACCGGUCCCGCCUGACGUGGGGAGAGGACGUGGCUAUAGGGUCCUACAUCGCAGUCGUGGGGUUGCUGGCAAUCGUGGGCAACUCCUUUGUGUUGGUGGUGUGGUUCAAGAGGCGGCGGUCCAUGAAGGCUCCGGAGCUCUUUGCCGUUAAUCUGGCCGUGGUGGACCUGUUGAUAGCCCUGUGUUGCAACUCUUUUCAGAUCGCAGCGAGUUUCAACCACGGGUGGAUGCUGGGUAAUGCCGGUUGCCAGGGUUACGCCUUCCUAAGAACACACCUCGGCACGACUAACAUCUUAACGAUCAUCGCACACGCGCUGGCGCGGUACAUCAAAGUCUGCCACACCAAGUUCAGUGAUGAAGUGAACUUCACCAAUGUCCGGCGCACGCUGGCGGCGGUGUGGACCACAGCCUUGUUCUGGUCAACAGCGCCGUUCUACGGCUGGGGCGCGUACUCCACCGAGCCGUCACACAUCUCCUGCGGGCUAGACGUGGACCAGGUGUCGUCCUCUGCCGCCAACCAGUCGUACGUCUUCUUCCUGGUGCUGAUGUUUAUCGUUGCUCCGGUGGCGGCCAUAGCUUUCUCCUACAUCAAGAUUAUCGAGAAGGUUCGAGGCUCGCAUCGCCGAACCUUCGGCCGCGGCCGACGGGUCGCCAGAAAGGCACAGCUUGAGCGAAAACUUACCAAGACUGCCAUUAUGGUUGGGCUGGGGUUCUUAAUGGCGUGGACACCAUACGCCAUCCUCGCGCUGUGGUGCUGCUUUGCCGAGCCCGGGAGGUCGUCUCCCCUGUUCACCGCAGUGCCGGCUCUGUUCGUGCGGACAGCCGGCGUCUACAACCCCGUCAUCUAUCUCCUGCUCAACGAUACCUUCCGCAUGGAGGCCUACGCCAUCACCACAGGCACCAUUCGGAAGAAGAUCACCCGGAAGUUCUCGGGGACUGUCGUCGUGCUGCAUCUGGACGGAGACGACCCGGUCGUGUUCACCAGCGCCAUGCGGCGGCACAGACGGAAGUCCAUGAGGAAAGUGUCACGGGCGAGUAAAGAAGGCGGUACCGGAACAGGCACUACAACGUACAACUGAGGCCUAAAGAAGACGGUACCGGUUCUACCACGCAAAACUCAGGCCUAAAGAAGGGGGCACCGGUACUACCAUGUACAAUUGAGGGCUAAAGAAGGCGGUACCGGUUCUGCCACGCCGAACUCAGCCCUAUAGAAUGCGGUACCGGUUCUACCACGCAAAACUCAGGCCUAACGAAGGCGGUACCGGUACUACCACGCAAAAUUGAGGGCUAAAGAAGGGGUACCGGUACCUGUACUUCUGCGUUUAACUGAGUCGUGAAGAAGGCGGUACCAGUACCGAAAAUACAAGUGGGAAACUGAUGGAUGAGAGAGACCAACCUAGAGGAUGUUAUAUGGAUUCAGCCUCAAGUACC